CGAAAGUGGUUCCCUGGUAGCCAAGAUUGGCGUUGCCGGGGUCGAUGAAGGCUAUGUAACCACGGUCGUUGGGCAGGCCGAGCUUCUCCUUGAGGAACUCGGAGAGGGCCUUGCUGUACUUCUCGUUAGCGGAUGGGUUGACAUUGCCAAGGCUGGUAAUGACCAGUUGGAAGGCCGGGUCAUGGGUACCACCGAAGGUGAGGGUCUCGUUGACCUUGAUCAGGACGCUGAUAUAGCUCUCGGGCUUUCCGAGAAUCUUCGCGCCGACCUUGGACAGCUCAAGGCUGAGCGCCUUCGCGUCGGGGAUCUGAAUGUUAACGGUGAGGUCGAGGACGGGCAUGAUGGUGGUGAGGAGCAAGAAGGCUGGGAACGUCGACGAAUGGUUGCGCCAUCGAGGCCGGUCCGCGUCGAGUCACUGAUCUCAUCUCUCUUCCUCCCCCCAUCCUCCAGAUCGUCGGAAGGGUCGACGCUGAGCACCGUGAUGGCUACCCCUCAGUUCCCCCCAGAAUCACUUGCAGCGGAUCCGACCGCACCACCCACAGUCGCCUCGAUCGGCGAGGCUCUUGCUGGAACCACCCUGACGGAGUCGAAGGCAGAAGGAUCGUCGUCAGCUACCCCAGUGAUCAAGCCCGUCCCUCAAGCCGACGGCGAACAGGCGCAGGUCGUGACGCCGUGGGACGUGCAGGGCGGAGUCACCAGCGACGGCAAGCAGAAGGCGAUCGACUACGACAAACUCAUCGACCAGUUCGGCACAAGAAGGAUAGACGAUGCGCUCCUCCAGCGCUUUGAGAAGCUGACUGGGCACAAACCCCAUAUCCUGCUUCGGAGAGGGACCUUCUUCUCGCACCGUGACUUUUCGCAAAUAUUAGACCGCUACGAGCAAGGGAAGCCGUUCUUCUUGUACACUGGACGUGGUCCGAGCAGCGAUAGCAUGCACCUUGGCCACAUGAUACCCUUUGUCUUCACAAAAUGGAUGCAGGACGUCUUCGAUGUCCCCCUUGUUGUCCAGCUCACGGACGAUGAAAAGUUCCUGUUCAAGCACCAGUUGAAGGUCGAGCAGGUCAAGGAGUUCUCGCGCCAGAAUGCCAAGGAUAUCAUCGCCGUCGGCUUCGACCUCAAUAAGACCUUCAUCUUUAGCAACUACGCCUACAUGAACGGCGCCUUCUACGAGAACGUUUCCCGCAUCUCCCGCCAAAUCACCUAUAACCAGGCCCGUGCGACCUUUGGGUUCAACGAAUCAGACAAUAUCGGCAAAAUCCACUUCGUUUCUAUCCAAGCCGCACCCGCUUUCUCCAAUUCCUUCCCUCAGAUUUUCGGCACCGCGUCCAACAUCCCUGCGCUCAUCCCCUGCGCGAUCGACCAGGACCCAUACUUUCGCCUUACGCGCGACAUUGCGAGCAAGCUCAAGUAUCCCAAGCCCGCCCUUCUCCAUUCGCGCUUCUUCCCUGCGCUGCAGGGCCCGCAGACGAAAAUGAGCGCGAGCGAUCCAAAUAGUAGUAUCUUCAUGACGGACAAGCCGAACCAGAUCAAGAACAAGAUCAACAAGCAUGGAUUCUCGGGCGGGAGGGAGACGGAGGAGGAGCACCGUCAGUUUGGAGGGGAUACGGAGGUGGAUGUGGCGUAUCAGUACUUGACGUUCUUCUUGGAGGACGACGAGGAGCUGGCCAAGUUGGGAGAGGAGUACCGUGCUGGCCGCUUGCUUACUGGCCAGUUGAAGGCCCGGUGUAUCGCGCUGCUGCAGAAGUUCGUCGCGGAUUUCCAGGAACGCCGCUCCAAAAUUACAGAGGAGACCGUGAACGCCUUCAUGGAUGGAAGCCGCAAGAUCGAGCCGCGAUUUGGAAAGGCAAAGACGGCGUGACUAGGAGACAGUAUGCCACGCGACAUCUUGUAUUCGGUAUUUAUGGCUAUACUGCCGUCGACGAUGUGCACGACCUUUCCGUUGCUUCAAACCUUGCUUCAGCUUCUUCAAC